GGUAGAGUUAUAGGGCAUCUGACUAAUUCUGGCAUGAAUCACCAUUUGCGCACACACCACAAGCCAGUCCUGUUAAGAGAAGACAGUGGGUUGUUGUCACCUCCACCCAGUAAAAAAAAGGGCAAGUAGUGCUAGUUCCAGUGCUACCAUCAGCCCAGAUAACCUGGACAAGGGGCACAGAGGGGAAGCUGUUGACUCCAGUCAAGCAAAACAGCCCACCUUGGAUCAAUUUAGUGGAUUUCAUUCCAGGGGGAUUUCAAGACAGCAGUCCCGUAAAAUUACCCGCCUCAUUGGCGAGCUCAUAGCCGUCGGGGGAGCUCCCUUUAACAUGGUGGAGGGGGAACCGUUUAAACGUCUAAUGCAGGCAGUUGCACCCCAGUAUGUAAUUCCAUCCCGUACCACAUUUAGUCGCAGUAUAGUACCCUCCUUACAUUAAUCUUGUGUGGAGUUAAUAAAACAGGAGCUAGGCAGAGCCACAGGACAGUGUUUACAUUUCACCACAGACUUGUGGAGUGCUCCCAGUGGGCAGCAUGCCUUCUUAUCACUAACAGCACACUGGUGGCAGCCCAUUGUAAUGGAACCAGCCCAAAUUACAUCAGGGCCAAGAAACACAGGAGCUGGUGUUGUAGAAAAACCAAAAUCAGGGGCACUGCUCAUUCCUACUGCAUGCAGAGGUUUUAGAUGAGCAGCACAGCUCGCAUAACAUAAACCGUGCAUUACAGAAAAUGGUGGCAGAGUGGCUUGGGGAGCAGGCAAAUACACAGGUAAAGAUGGGGUUUGUGGUCACUGAUGGGGCAGCCAAUAUGUUAAAAGCACUGCGGGAUGGCAAAUUUGUUGGUGUCCGAUGCUCCGCCCAUGUCCUCCAUCUUGUAGUAAAGGCUGGUAUAGAUGACACCACUGAGAGCAAUACAAAGCUCUCUGAAGUGUUAGACUCCUGUAGGAAAAUUGCAGGCCAUUUUCAUAGAAGUGUGAAGGACAGUCACAUUUUCAGGCAGGAGCAGAUUAAGGCAGGUCUUCCUCAACACCGCCUGAAGCAGGAUGUAAGCACCAGGUGGAAUUCUACAUUGGACAUGCUUGAAAGAAUUCUGGAGCAACAAAAAGCAAUACAUGCAAUGUCACAUGAGCAGGUCAUCGGUGUGACCAGACCACUUAGCAGGGAGGAGUGGAAAAUAAUAGCUCAGGUGGUGACUGUACUAAGCCCCUUUCGUGCAGCCACAGAAAACCUAAAUCAAGAAAAUGCAAGCUUGGCUCAAGUCAUCCCCCUCUUUACCCAUCUUGUUAACAAAAUGGAUGCCAUCCUCAACCAUAGAGAAAACUUGCCUGGAGGAUACAUAGUACCUGAUGUUGCCACACUUGUCAGAAGACUGCAUGGACAAUUAAACCGGAGGAUCCCAGAGCUCACUGAUGCUUGCCCUGAAUUGAUGCUUGCCACCAUGUGUGACCCCCGAAUUAAGGGCAAAAUGGCACUCCAAGCCAAUUCCCUAACAAGCUGGAGAGAGAAAUUAAUCAACAGGGUGUGUGACAGGCAAAGACACUUGGUUGUGCCGUCAGAGAGGGACGAUGAGGAUGAUGAUGAUGAUGAAGAAGAGGAGGAUGAGCCUGCUAUGUCAUCAUCAUCACCCAUCACAAACACUGCUGGACACUCAUCAAGAGCUGCUGACUUUUGGGCAGAAACUUUGCAAACCUUGGUCGGACACAACAGACAACCCUCAAGGAUACCCAGAGAUAAGGUUGCAGAGACUGUAAAAAGUUAUUUGUCUGAACCCCAUCUGGCACCUACAGCGGAUAGUCUCAAGUACUGGGAUGAAAGGAGGGCAAUUUGGCCUGCUCUCUCCAUGGUGGCCCAGGAGCUCCUAUCCUGCCCCCCAACCUCUGUGCAAAGUGAACGGGUAUUUUCAGUCACUGGCAAUAUUCUCUGCCCACAGCGUUCACAGCUGGCCCCUCAGCUCAUGGAGCAGAUGACUUUUCUUAAAGUAAACAUGCCCAAGCUGGGAUACCCUGCCCUAAGCUUUGACACCAAUUAGUUAUGAGUUCUACAGUUCAAGUUAAAAGUUGAAGUUCUUGGUUACAAAUUGGAAUGUUGGAUCCCGUUGUGUUAUCAGUUGUUUGAAAAAGUUAAGAAAGUGAACAGCACCAUCAAACAGGUUAGUGGUCUGUCAAUUUUCUUCUUAGCCUCCUAACAUUACAUUUAGAAUGCUAAUAAUUUCUAUUUAAUUUAUAUCUUUCCCUCCUUCUUUUAGGAUUUAGUGGACAUUUAGUGGACAUUUUUGUGGAUACAACAAGGACGUCCAUUUAUGUGGUAAAGGAGAUCAGCAAAUCAGUGGAAGGAUUUGGCACCAUUUUGUAUGAGGUUACAAUAUACAAGUCAACAUGAAACUUUGGUAAUAGAAUACAGAGGUUUGUGAAGGUGCCCUGUUGUUGCUGCUGCUGGUGUCAGCCAAUGGAGGUGAUUGGCUGAUUCCUGAUAUUGCCAUCAGGAGGUCCACCCUUAGCUGUGCUGUGGCCUGAAGGUGCUGCUGGCUGACCCGGG